AUGGCCAUGACAGCUGGGGACUCUGGUGUGGCUGCCAUGACAGGACAAGGCGCUGGUGAUGACAGGACGAAAAUCUGGAGUGGUGUUCAUGAUGGGACAAGGCUCUGGAGUGGCAGCCAUGAUGGGACAAGCACCACAGGGAGGAAGGCAUCUGGCUUCCUGAGGAUGCUUCAGGAUGAAGACUUCCAGUUUUUUCUGCAACUGUUUCAUCAAAUAAUGCCCCACGUUGACAUGAUGUACCAGCAGCUGCAGAAGAAGGACAUUGAUGCAGUCUUCAUCAAAGAAGCCCUCCAGAACUUCACAAUGAACGUGCAGACCAUAAGGGACCAGAGCUCAUUUCAAGAGCAAGAACUGCAGCAAGUAGCAACAGAAACGACAAGAUCUAGGAAGGCCUUGGGAGAAGAGAAGCAGAGGCUGUCUAAAAAGAUCUGCGACACAAUCCUGAACCACACCAAAGAAAGGUUCUCAUUCACUGACCACCUUGUGAGUGCCACGCUGCUACAAGGAGAGAGGUUUGAACAGCAUUGCCAUAUGUUCCCUGUUGUGGCUCUGAACAUCACUGUCAGGGCAUACCCCACGUUGAAUAAGGUGAAGCUUAAGACUGAACUGUCUCUCAUUUAUGACAGUCCAGAAUUCAAGGGCUGCUGUGGUGCACUGGCACUGUACCAGGUUUUGCUGAAGUACAACCUCCAGGAUACUUUUUCUGAGACUGUAACUCUGUUGAACAUCCUCAUAACCACUCCCAUGACAACUGCUGAAGCUGAGAGGUGCUUCUCAACCUUAAAGAGAAUCAAGACAUUCCUCCGAAAUGUAAUGGGACAGGAACGUCUGAAUGCACUGGCCAUGCUUUCCAUGGAGAGGGAACUAGUCCGAAACAUGCCUGCUUUCAACGAGAGAAUCUGCGACACAAUCCUGAACCACACCAAAGAAAGGUUCUCAUUCACUGACCACCUUGUGAGUGCCACGCUGCUACAAGGAGAGAGGUUUGAACAGCAUUGCCAUAUGUUCCCUGUUGUGGCUCUGAACAUCACUGUCAGGGCAUACCCCACGUUGAAUAAGGUGAAGCUUAAGACUGAACUGUCUCUCAUUUAUGACAGUCCAGAAUUCAAGGGCUGCUGUGGUGCACUGGCACUGUACCAGGUUUUGCUGAAGUACAACCUCCAGGAUACUUUUUCUGAGACUGUAACUCUGUUGAACAUCCUCAUAACCACUCCCAUGACAACUGCUGAAGCUGAGAGGUGCUUCUCAACCUUAAAGAGAAUCAAGACAUUCCUCCGAAAUGUAAUGGGACAGGAACGUCUGAAUGCACUGGCCAUGCUCUCCAUGGAGAGGGAACUAGUCAGGAACAUGCCUGCUUUCAACGAGAGAGUAAUUGAACGCUUUGCUGCUUUGAAAGAGAGGCGAGCAAAAUGUGCAGCUCUGCAGUAG